UAUUCUAACAGAUAAUAUUACUCAAUAACCAGUGUCAAUCCUUGUUUUUCCCUAUUACAGUUGUUAUUUUUCUUUUUUGAUUGGGCUAUGCAGUUGAGUGCCCCACUCUGAAUUAUUGCAGAGGAUAUCACUAGCCAAGUGUUGGAAACCUUAGUAGUGAACAAAAUGCAAGGAUUACCAAGAGUUGCAGUUGUAAAACGUCCAGGAUUUGGAGGCGCAAAGAAAGCUUUAUUACAAGAUAUUGCACUUAUGACUGGUGCUGAUUUUCUUUUUGGAGACAUGGGUCUCAUACUUUAUGGUAAAACUUCAGACCAGCUUGGCACUGCAAUGAAAGUGACAAUAACCGGUAAUGCAACAGCUAUCAAUGCUGAUCCUAGUACCAAGGCUAAUUCAGGCUAGAAUUUCACAGAUAAAGAAGGAUCUUAGUGAAACAGAUAAUCCAAACCUGUCAAGAAAGCUUUAAGAGAGAAAUCCAAAACUCUUUGGUGGUGUAGCUGUUAUAAAAGUACAUAGUUGGCUAAUUCAAUAAAAAUAUCAUGAGUUGUCUGUAUUAUGCUAACUUUGGCUCUUUACUUUGCUAAUGUUGCUUUAGCACUCUUACUCUGUUCAAUUGUCCUAACUCUGAGAUUUAUAUUUUAUUGGGUUUUAUUGGAUCAAAGUGUUUAUCAUGUAUUUCAACUUGCUUGUAACUUGAGAAACGGAACGAUGGCUGUUUGUCACAUAG